AUGGUGCACUCAGUGUUACCCAUAAAUUCACCACCAGGCACCGUAGUUACUACCGUACACGCAGAGGACCGCGAUUCGGCUAGCGCCGGACAGGUCCACUACGCGCUACUUGAUGCGAUCACUGGCUUCUCAAUAGACAGCUCCAGUGGCGUUAUUCAGACGACCGAAGCGCUACAGGAUAAGCAGUAUACGAUUCGCAUCGGAGCUACUGAUGGUCAUGGAGCGAUGUCAACCAAUAAUGUUACAGUAAUCCUCCAUACCACUAAGAAGAAGCCCCUGAAAUGGACUAGUGGUCCCAACACGAUUGAACUCCCUGAUUCCACUGCUGUUGGAGACACACUUGCUGUUUAUCACACGAGCUCUCCUUCAUCUCUGGAACUGAACUCGAACUUGCUGUCGAUCAACUCAAUAGGCACCCUGUACCUUUCCAAACCUUUACCGAUCAAUAAGGAUCUAUUGUAUGCAGUAUUGAUCGCCCACUCUGAUGACGUUUCCAUCACUAAAUGCAUUGAAAUGCGAGUGAUUCGUGACUCUCCAGCGCCCAAAUUUCUGAGGAAAAACGCUACUUUAAGGCUGAAACGAAACAUUCCGCUGGGCAACCAGCUGAUGAAGGUUGAUGCCGGAGGGCUUUUUAACUUCUCGACAAAUUGUCAAUGGCUACGCAUUGACAACGAUGGCAUCGUCUCUGUGAGGGAGUUAAUCGAUAAAUCGAUCAAUAGUGUGCAGUGUGAAAUCGAGGCGAAAGACGCGAAAGGUAGAAGUGACCGAAUGAAAAUAGAAAUCGCAAUGGAAAGUGAUGAAAAGCCAUUUCAUCUGAAUGCUACCUACAACGUGCACAUGAAGGAAGACGCUCGAACGGGUACGAUGCUCAUCGGACUUGGCACCGAUUCCGCUUAUGUGUUCAGAAGUUCUCUGAAAACACAUGUGGAUGUGUUUCCGGAUGGUACCGUAUAUCUGAGAAAGCCGAUCGAUAGUGGUGGUCCGGACAUGAUUUCCCUGCCGGUCACCGCAACACAUCGAGUCCUGAACAACACUUACUCGGCAAUGGUUCGCGUUUUCAUCGACGACGUCAACGACCACAGUCCUCAAUGCCCAAUCAAAAGAAGCUUUGAAAUUCAAGAGAAUAUUCGCGUCGGGUCAACAGUAGGCUACUUGGAAGCUCGAGAUGACGAUAUCGGGUUGAAUGGAGUGAUUGGGUAUCGUCUUCUCGACAAUCAAAAUUUGAUUCGAGUUGGAACGGCUACUGGGAAGGUACUUGCACAGAAAUUACUUUAUUCACCCAUAAUCCAUUGCAAAUGGUUACUUUUGUACACUACGAGCCAACAGUUGGCCCGGAAGAGCAACUUCAGCAGGGCUGUCUUCGCCCAUUUCUACAUCUUAAUCCGCAUUAUCUUGCUUAGCGCUUCGAAAGCGGUAUCCAAGAGCGUUUAG